AUGUCCUCCGUUCAGAUUGACGUAGUGGCUAUCAAGACACUGAAACCCGGCAGCAGCCCCAAAGCGAAGGCCGACUUUUUGCUGGAGGCGUCAAUUAUGGGACAAUUUGCACAUCCGAAUGUGAUUCGCUUAAUUGGUGUGGUUACUCGAUCGGAACCGGCAAUGAUAGUGACCGAAUUCAUGUCAAAUGGCUCGUUGGACCAUUUGCUCCGUGGGAAAGACGCACGUGGAGAAGAAAUGAGUUGGCCGCGAAUUGUCGAUAUGUUGCGAGGCAUUGCCUCUGGUAUGAAAUACCUGACUGACAAAGGAUAUGUUCAUAGGACUCGGAGCUUACCUGCAAAGAUAGCCGACUUCGGAUUGUCGCGUGGUGUGGACGAUUCAGCUGAGCAGGAGUACACUACCAAUGGCGGAAAAAUUCCGGUUCGGUGGACGUCACCUGAAGCUAUAACCCAUAGAAAGUUUACCGCGGCAUCUGAUGUGUGGAGUUUUGGUGUACUCGUCUGGGAGGUGUGCUCAUUCGGGGAGAGACCAUAUUGGGAUUGGACGAAUCAGAAGGUAAUAAGUGAGAUAAUGCUUGGCUAUCGUCUUCCGGCACCAAUGGACUGCCCAAUUGCCUUGCAUCGACUGAUGCUAUGGUGUUGGCGACUGGACCGCCACGAGAGGCCUACUUUUGCUCAGAUCUUAGCGAUCCUGGAGAAAUACGCCAGGAAUCCAGAUUUAAUCUACGUGGACAAUGCUGCGUUUAUUACUGGUCGUCUAGCGACCUCUACAGCGAAUAUCAGUGGCAACGGGUUCAGUUUACCGACCGGCUCACCAGGCGGUCCAAUGAUUCCCAAUGUUCAUCCCUCAGCGUUACCUACGUUAGCCGAGUUCCUGCGAUCUCUGAAUUUGAGUCAUUGUACUGAGAAACUUAACAAGGAAGGCAUUUUCACCGUCACGGAUCUUGCACGGCGAAGUCAUCUUGAUAUGUUGGCUAUUGGCUUGAUAUCGGAAGAAUUCCAACGAAUUCGCAGCGCUCUGGCACAGCUGCAAGACGCUCGCGGUAUGUCGCGAGCGGCUGAGACGACGACGACGCUGCCGUUGCGAUCGGCAACGAUUCGGCCGUCGCGACACGAUGACGGUUUCUUCGUCUAG